UUUAUGGGAGAACACGCACCAUCUAUGCAUUCAGAUGAUGAUGAUGCCACCCAGUCGAACCCUCCUGCUGCCUUUCAGACAGUCCCUACAGGGUCUUCUAUGUCUUCAACUGCUUCCAGGCGAAGACCGUCAUCACGAGGUGCCAGACCCAUGGUUCCUAGGACGUCUCCUAUUGCACGUACAUCCCCUCCACAGGGGUCAUCCUCCCGAGGGUCAUAUAGGGCCACACCUAAUGUACCUGCUUCCCCACCACGAAGGUCCACUUCACGCGCCUCCCAUUCUCGUGAGCAUCCGGUACACGAGCCUGCAAGACACUCGGUCCAUGGGACGUCAUACAGUGGUGUUUCAUAUGACCGUCUUCAACAAAUAUUAAUGGAACAUGAAAGAGGCAUCAACUCUCAGAUGCAACAACAAUUGGACCAACACGGUGCAAUGAUGCGCGCGGAGUGGGAGCGACAAUCGGCAUCGUUUCGUGAGGAUAUGCAAUCGUAUUGGCAACAACAAGCAUCUACGUUUCGGGGGGAGAUGCAGGACCAAUGGCAACAACAACAAUCGACAUUUCGGGGGGAGUUGCAAGACCAAUGGCAACAAUAACAAUCGACGUUUCGGGGGGAAUUGCAGGACCUAUGGCAACAACAAGCAUCGAUGUUUCGAGGGGAGUUACAGGACCAAUGGCAACAACAACAAUCGAUGUUUCGGGGGGAGAUGCAGGAAAAAAUGCAAUCAUUAAAUAAUCGAAUUACAGGACUUGAGGGUUCUUAUGUUCAAGCAUCUGAAUCAGUACAGUUAGACGAAUCAUCCG